GCUUCACAGCAAUGUAGCACACGCAUAAUGGGAUUUACCGGGUUCGCUUUCAAACGCUUGUGUUGUUGUUUUAAAAAUUAACGAGACUUUUGCUUUGACUUCAAAGGGGAUGAAACGCAGUGCCGCUGAAUGAACAGGUGAGGGGGUGCCAUGCCAGCUGCUGCUUCCCUGUUGCUGCUCCUCGCCAUCUUGUGGUGGCCUCUGGUAUUGCCUCUGGCCCCCAGUCAUCUUCAAAGCCCCCCUUCAUUCAUCACCCUUAAUGGCUCCCGCCUCAAUCACCUCCUGCUUGAUACCCAUUCGGGCCACAUCUACGUGGGGGCGGUAAAUGUGCUCUAUCACCUCUCUCCAGACUUGCAGCUACUCUCCUGGGGCAAAACGGGGCCUAAACUGGACAGCCCGGACUGCCUACCACCCAUUGACCCCACUGAUUGCACCCAGGCGGAAACUACGGACAACACCAACAAGCUUUUGUUGCUGGAAGAGAUCAAGGGAAAGGAUCCGCUCAGCCUGAUUGUGUGCGGGACGGUUCUGCAGGGCAUCUGCGAGAAGCGAAGCUUGGAGAAUGUCUCUCAGGUGCUGUACAAGACCGACAACCCCGUGGACACGCAGUAUGUGGCAGCAAACAACCCUCGAGUGUCCACGGUUGGUGUGGUGGUUGAGCAGAAAGAUGUUCUGCUUAUGCUUGUUGGGCGGGGCUACACCAGUAAGGGACCUGGUGGGAUCCCGCCAAUCACGAUGCGACGCUUAAACCACACUGCUCGAGCAUUCUCCCACGAAGAACUUGGAAAGCUGGUUGUUGGUAGCUACUCCGAAUACAACAACCACUUUGUGAAAGCUUUUCACCACAACAACUAUGUCUAUUUUGUGUUCUCUCGGCGUGACGUGUGGGGCAAACGAGAGUAUCGGACAUAUGUUUCAAGACUCUGUGCAGGCGAUCCCAAUUUCUACUCUUAUGUGGAGGUGCCGCUUUCCUGCGGUGGAGGAUACAAUCUGGCACAGGCAGCUGUACUUGGCUAUCACCAUGAACAACCCACGCUGUUUGUGGCCAUGGCCAUGGGGCAGGCAUUGACUCCCACACCCACAGACAGGACAGCUCUUUGUGUGUACAAGGUGGAGGAGCUGGAUAAAGCCCUGCAUGGCGCCCAGCUACUCUGUUACACACAAGAGGGCAAAGACGCCAACAACAAGGAGAAGGCAUAUAUAGAGUACGAAGUGUCCUCCAGUUGUCUGAAGCUCCCGCAGGACUCUCUGAACAAGUACCCAUGCGGAGGUGAACACACACCCAGCCCCAUCGCCAGUGCCAUUGCUCUUGAGGCCACGCCCGCUUUCACCUGGACUCCUCCCAUCACUGCUGUCACCACGGCAACUGAAGUUGGCCACACCAUAGUACUUUUAGGAGACAAAAAUGGAAGGUUGCAUAAGGUGUUCUUGCAUGCAGAUGGUACCGGUACCAAAUAUGACACAGUGGAGGUGGAUGCAGAGAGUCCCAUUAACGCUGACCUGCUGUUGGACUCCAACAAACAGAACGUCUAUGUAUUAACUGAAAGAAAGGUUACAAAGCUCCAUGUCGCUCAGUGUGAGAAGAAUUUAGACUGCCACUCCUGUCUGUCUAAAAGAGAUCCCUACUGCGGCUGGUGUUCGCUGGAGGGCAGAUGCACAAGAAAGAUGGACUGUGCACGGCACGCUCAGCAUCACCACUGGAUCUGGAGCUACAGCCGUGAGCACCAGUGUGUGUCCAUAGAGAGUCUACACCCCUCCAUCCAGAGCAGAGAAGAGCAGACACAGGUCUCUUUCACGGUUCUACAGUUGCCGGUCUUGUCAAAGGAUGAGUCUCUAUCUUGCGCUUUUGGGAGUUUGGCUGCUCAGCCUGCGGUUGUCAUAGAGAAUAGAAUCACAUGUCAAUCUCCAGCUCCAGAGCAGCUCCCGCCGAGUCCGCCAGGCAACGAUCACGUAUCUGUUCCAAUUGCACUGAGGUUUGGAAACGUGACCAUCUCGCAUACAAAUAUCACCUUUUAUGAUUGUAAAGCAGUCGGACGGCUCAACGCUACCUCACCGUGCAUGGCGUGUGUUAGCAGUAUGUGGCCGUGUCAUUGGUGUGUGAAGGAUGAGCUCUGCACUCAUGCUAAGAGCUGUCCUCGUCAACACAUCAUCUAUAACAGCAGGGAACAGUCAUUGCCCCACGGGCCGGACUCUUGCCCCUGUGUCUGGGCCCUGCAGAGCUCCCCUCUGGUUCCUGUUGGCUUUGACAGCGAGCUCUCUCUGCAGGGCAAAAACCUGGACAUAUUUGAGGAUGAGGAAGAUUAUGCUUGCGUGCUGGUCAUCGAAGGCCAGGAGCUGUGCUUGCCGGCCACGUUGGACCGCAAUAAAGAGACGGGGACGCAUGUGUUCAAGUGUGCCGCUUAUCAGUUUCAGUACUCAGGAAAGCAGUUUGAAUAUUUCGCUCCUGUAUACCUGCAGUGGGGGACGCAGCGUAUAGACACAGCACCACAUCUUCGCUUGCAGCUGUACGACUGCUCAGUGGGACAGUCCGACUGCAGUCAGUGUCGUGCGGUUGUGUCUAAUUACGGAUGUGUGUGGUGUGUCGGUGAAACCCCCGGCUGUGUGUAUAACCAAUCCUGCACCAGCGGAACCGUGGACACCUGUCCUCCUCCUAAAAUUACUGAGGUUGAGCCGCUGACCGGGCCACUGGAGGGUGGCAUCUUGCUAACAAUCCAGGGAUCGAAUCUGGGCCAGAGCUUCCAGGACAUCCAGGCAGGGGUGACGGUGGCAGGGGUGACCUGCAGACCUCUGCCUGAAGCCUAUCGCAUUUCCACCAGCAUUGUGUGUGAGCUCCAGGCCAGUGCAAAUGUCACAGCCGGACCGGUCGUCAUCACCGUCAGAGGAUCAGAGAAACAAGAGUCCCAGCAGACGUUCUCAUAUCAGAAUCCACAGCUGAGCAGGAUUGUCCCGGAAAAAGGGCCCUUAGCUGGUGGCACGAUGCUAACAGUCCAUGGGUCGCAGCUCCUGACGGGACAACGAACAGAACAAAGUAGUGACCAAAUCGCUGACCUGCAGGCUUUCAUGGGCUCAAAACCCUGUCGCAUCAAUGAAGUGAGUGACACACGGCUGAUUUGUCGCACCAGUCACUCCAACCAAACUGGAAGAGUGCCAGUCAAAGUUGUGUUUGGAAAAGCAGAGAGGAUUUUGGAUAGUGUUCUUUUCAGCUAUAUGGAAGACCCUGUGAUUACUGAUGCAACACCUACAGAGAGUUUCUACGGGGGUGGACGUCUUAUAUAUGUGACUGGCCAAAACCUGAAUGUCGUUCAGCAGCCAAAGAUGUCAGUCUCUUAUGAGCCUAGAGACAGGUCAGGAGUCAGAAGACGUCGAUACACCCACGUUUCUGUCAGGAAUCCCUUGGUUAUGAUUCAGGAGUUGUGCACCAAUGUGACCUCAGAGAGGAUGAUUUGCAAGAGCCCUGCAGUGGAGCCGAAAUCCAGGAUCGUGCGAGUGUGGUUCGAGAUGGACAAUGUGCACAUUGACUUUCACACCAUCAAGAACAAAGCGUUCGUUUACCACCCAAACCCAGACUUGUUCCAGCUCAACAGUGAGUCCCGAGGAACACCCAUCCGAUUCAAACCCGGAGGAGUCCUGGCAGUAGAGGGUAAGGGACUGACACUGGCUAUGAGUAAAGAGGAAGUUGUGGCCUGGCUAGGGGACAAAGAGUGUGUCAUCAAGACUCUGGAUAAUACACACCUGUACUGCGAACCACCUGAGGAACUGCCUCUCGCCCUGGACGACAGCGACUUACCAAGACUAAAGGUGUUAAUGGGACGCCUGGCGUUUGACUUGGGUCCAGUGCGGUAUGACAGUGAUUCACACUCCCCGGUGCCUCUGUCAGCUCAGAUCGGUCUGGCAGCGGGGGCCGCGGUGGUCAUUCUCAUCGUGCUGGUUAUCAUUCUCAUGUACAGGCGGAAGAGCAAACAGGCUCUGAGAGACUAUAAAAAGGUUCUGGUGCAGCUGGAGACUCUGGAGAUAAAUGUUGGGGACCAGUGCAGAAAAGAGUUCACUGAUCUGAUGACAGAGAUGAUGGAUUUGAGCAGUGACGUUGGUGGUCCUGGCAUCCCCUUUCUGGAUUACCGCACAUACGCAGAGCGUGUUUUCUUCCCUGGCCAGAAGGGUGCGCCGCUGAGUCAGAAUCUGGAUUUGCCUGAUUCUCGCAGGCAGACGGUGGAGCAGGGCCUGGGUCAGCUCAACAACCUGCUCAACAACAGACUCUUCCUUAUACGGUUCAUUCAUACUCUGGAGGUGCAGCAGAGUUUCUCACAGCGGGACAGAGGUUACGUCGCAUCGCUUCUCACGAUGGCCCUUCAUGACAAGCUGGAAUACUUCACAGAUGUGAUGAAGACCCUGCUGGGGGAUCUAGUGCAGCAAUAUGUGGCUAAGAACCCAAAACUCAUGCUGCGCAGGACAGAAACGGUGGUGGAGAAGAUGCUGACCAACUGGAUGUCCAUCUGUCUCUACUCGUUUCUCAAGGAGGUUGCUGGUGAGCCUCUCUACAAGUUGUACAGGGCUAUUAAAUACCAGGUCGAUAAAGGACCAGUGGAUUCAGUGACGGGGAAAGCCAAGCGCACUCUGAACGACAGCCACCUGCUCCGAGAGGACAUCGAAUACUGCUCAGUGACUCUGACUGUGCUGGUGAAGAGCGGUGUCGAGGUCCAGCCCUGUCCUGUUAAAGUUCUGGACACUGACACCAUCACUCAGGUUAAAGAUAAAAUCCUGGACCAGAUUUAUAAAGGAGCAGGAUUCUCCCAAAGACCAGCCGCAGACUCACUGGACCUUGAGUGGAGAUCAGGUCAGGCGGGUCACCUGACUCUUUCUGAUGAUGAUGUCACAGCCAUCGUUCAGGGUCGCUGGAAACGGAUCAACACUUUACAGCACUACAAGGUACCUGAUGGGGCCACUGUGGCUCUCAUCCCUCGUUCCCAGAGUUCUCUUGGAGUGAAUCAGUUUUACCAGACUGGAGAGAAAACUCCCAUGCUGGAGGGAGAGGAGGAGGAAGGUCUUCGUCUGUGGCAUCUGGUGAAGCCGAGCGAGGACCCCGAGAUCCCCAAACACAGGAAGAGCAGCAUGAGAGAGCGGGAGCGGGCAAAAGCCAUUCCUGAGAUCUACCUUACACGACUGCUUUCUAUGAAGGGCACUCUGCAGAAGUUUGUAGAUGAUGUUUUUGUAGCCAUACUGAGUACAAAACGGCCACCCAUCGCUGUCAGAUUCUUCUUUGACUUCCUGGACGACAUGGCAGAAAAACACGGGAUUGACGACCCAGAGACCGUUCACAUAUGGAAAACAAAUAGUUUACCUUUGCGUUUCUGGGUCAACAUCUUGAAGAAUCCUCAGUUCGUCUUUGACGUGCAGGUGACGGAUAGCGUGGAUGCCGUCCUUUCCGUUAUCGCUCAGACCUUCAUUGAUUCCUGCACUACAUCCGAACACAAAGUAGGCCGGGAUUCUCCAGUGAAUAAGCUGUUGUAUGCCCGAGAAAUCCCACGAUACAAGCAGCUGGUGGAGAGGUACUACAGUGAUAUUCAUAACGCCGUGUCUGGCUGUUACCAGGAAAUGAAUUCAACCCUCACAGAGCUGUCAGGGAGCUUUGCGUCUGAGAUGAACAGUUUGGUGGCGUUGCAUGAGCUGUACAAGUAUAUCAACAAAUACUAUGAUCAGAUUAUCAUAUCUCUGGAAGAAGACACUGCGGGGCAGAAGAUGCAGCUUGCGUAUCGGCUUCAGCAGGUUGCCGCCCUGGUGGAGAAUAAAGUCACUGACCUUUAGGCUUUGACCUUUCUCCUUGUCGUCUAAGCUCAUCUAUAAUCAUGUGUGUGAUCGGCUGAUGAAAUGCAGUCACUACGUCAAAACACUCGUGGGCUUCCACAACCGUUCACAUAAACUACCUGCAUAUUCUUAACAAAAGGGAACAGGAAAUGAAGUAACGAUCACUUUCUUCCGAUGAAACCUUCAUGGGAAUUUUAUUGGAAAAGGAUUGCUUUUCAGACUGAGGAUCUGAACGACUCACUGGAGGAUUGACUGAUGGGAAGUGUGUGUGUGUGUGUGUGUGUGUGUGCAUGGUUAAUUCUGAUGUGUUUUGUCUGAAAGGCUCUGCUCUUUAUUUGAAGAUUACUUAAUUCAAAUUGUGACACGACACUUUUUUAAUGACACUACUGAAGCAGCUCUCACAUAUUGUGACAUGCUGAGACACAUUUUAUACCAUUUUUACUUUCACUCAAGUGAUCAGAUCCACUGUAUGGAGAUUCACGAACGGAUUCAAACAAAACCCACAUUUGCUUCUGCUGUACGUGGAGUAUUUGGUUCCAGGUUUAGAAAUGUUCUGCUUCUGCACAAUCACAUCCCAAACUCAAAGACUGUCCCUGGCCCUGUGCUGUUAACCUUUUAUACUAACGUUUUUUACAUUAGCAUUGCAGAUCAAAACAAGUGUUACGCUUUUCCAGGGACUGUAGAGUAAGUCUAUGCACACAAGUGCCAAAACAAGUUAUAAAAGCACAAUAUUUAUGUGCAUGUUAUUGUGUAGCUUUAGGUGUGCAUGCAGAAUGUCAGAGUUUUCAGGUUUUCCGCUGUUGUUAAUAUUGCAAAUAUCUGGAAUUUCACAAAAUUGUUAAAUGUGUUCAUCUGAAUCUGGUUUGUAGUAUCAUAAGCUGUUAACUUAAUUUAUGUUAAUCAAGCAUUAAUACGCCUUCACUCCCAAGGUUUCUGAUGUAUCCCUAUAAAAUAUGGGCCUGGGCCACAUUUCGCUACCAAAUCAACAGAAACAAUAAUAAAUAUGAAGAAAUUAUACUUUGCACAACAUACUCUAAAAUAUCAUUAUUUAGUUAUAGAUUUUUGCAUUGCUUCCUAAGAAUGUUGCAAUGCACAAUACCUUUCAAUUCAAUUUUAAUUUCUGAUUUAAUUUGAUUUAGGCAUGAAACCAAUCCUAGAUCUUUGCAGGUUUUGUGAGAUUCACCCACACUUACAUUACAUGGCAUUGAUUUCCUAAUGCCUGCUUUGUGUUUAAUAGCACAAGCGAGCACAAUUAAAGAUCCAAUCUCAUGAGUUUUGAGUCUCAGAUGAAAUUGCAAUGCAGCCGGGAUGUGCUGUCUCUUGGGAGGUAUUGAAACAAAACUGGGACAGUUUGGGUCAUUGGAUUAAUGUUGGCAAAAUGGAGAAAAGCAUCUUUAUUCACUUGGUCUCAAUGAAUAGAAAAGCAGCAGUUGGAUUGAGAGUUGUGUACAUCAGACACUGAAAAGAAACUAACUUAUUAUAUUGUAAAUACUACUUAUUUAUACAUGACCGCCAAUGUGCCUUCUUUGUUACUUUUUAUAAUGUCUACAAUUCAAGUAAACGUGCUUGACAUUACUUGCCAAAUGGAGGAAAAGAUGAACUGUGGCACAACUGUUGCCUGUUGUGAAGAUCAUACAGUGCUUUUAGUCUCUGGACUGCAGUGCGUCUCAGGAUUAUAGCCGUCCAUCUCAAUGGAUUCAAUUUAAAACCAUGUGUAGCUCAAUCAUUUCUAGCCAGCUCAUUUCCUUGAGUGAUCUGUAUUCAUCUAAUAAAUUUUGGCGUGAGUGUGCAUCCAUUGUUUUAAGCUUCUUAAAAUCAGGUCAUGAUUUGUUUUUGCCUGAAGCAAAAUCACUUUUGUGGUUACAUUUUGGCUCACCCAUGUCAGUUUUUUUGUUUUUGUUUUUAGCUGAUGUCAUGUGCUUCAACAUGAUCCCUUUUAUGUAUAGAACUGAACAUAAUGAAUUCAAUGCUAUCUGGACACACAUCUUGAAGGCUUCCCUGUUCCUGCUCUUAUUUGUGAGAUUUUGAGCUAUUACGCUUCAUCAUACUAAUGUAUGCACAGAGUUGUGUUUUAAAAAUUGAAAACGUAUUAGUUUGCUCAUCUUGUGUAUGUUUAUUAGCCCAUUGCUGAAUGUGUUUGGGCUCUUGGUGUAUUUUUUGAUUAUUAUAGGCUGAUGCAUGCUUGAGAUUUGAUUGGAUUUUCUGAUUGGGGUGCUUUAUGAGAGGUUCACUCGAUGGACUGCAUUAUGAGUGCAUGACUCUCAUAAAAACACUCCUCAGAAGAAAGUGUGUGUGUAUGCAUGAGAGUUUUUUAAGUAAUUGUAGCGCUUCGUACAUGAUGGUGAGGUUUUUUUUGGCGAAUCUCCUGUUAUGGACACUUUUCUCUAAGAGAAUGCAGUGAAAACUUCUUUUGUAGAGCCUUGCGAUUUCUUGUUUUGCCAGUUGUGUGGAAUAUGGCUUUGUAUCUUUGCAGAUAUACAAUUCAGACCAUUGUUUAGAGAAUCGUUGGUGUAUAUGGAGCCCUCGCCUGGCUACGAGUUUUUAUACAAGGGUAAAAAAAAAUAAUAUAUGUUAAUUUUCUAAUGAAUUUAGGGUUAAAAGAGAACUUAAACCCACUCAAAAGACGUACUCUUUUUUUAUUUGUAUUGUGUAUAGUUUGCUAACAAUUGUGUAUAUGUGCCUGUACAUAUUGUGAAGAGGACUUGUUCUUUUUCUUUUUUUGUUUUUUGGUUGUUGUUUUUUUCCACUUUGGACAGACUUUGGACAGACUUAC